UCUGGGAGCACUGCAUCCGCUUGGCCAACAGGACUCUUGUUGAGGGCUACGCUAACGUGAAGAAAUGUAGCAACGAGGGCCGGGCCUUGAUGCAACUGGAUUUUCAGCAGUUCCUGAUGAAGCUGGAGAAACUGACAGACCUGCGGCCGAUCCCUGACAAGGAGUUUGUCGAAACCUACAUCAAGGCUUACUACCUGACUGAGAACGACAUGGAGCAGUUUAUCAAGAACCACAGAGAGUACUCCAUGAAGCAGCUGGCCAACUUGGUGAACGUUUGUCUGGGCUCACAUAUAAACAAGAAGGCUCGUCAGAAACUUCUAGCAGCCAUCGAUGACAUUGACAGACCCAAAAGAUAGACUUAUUUACCUACUUGUGCUAACUAACCCACAAAGAUGGACGUCUUGAGAGUAACCAUGUAGGCUGCACACGAGGUGGAGCUCCCCAUUGAUUGAUCUCAUUUUAAAGGAUAAAUGAUUGGUCCAGCAGGCUGUAUGUACAGUGGUAGAGCCACAUUGGAAAAAAAUAAAUAUACAAUGCUGAA